GUGUGACGGAUCGCAAAAACGUGCAAUUCUCGACUUUGAAGAUAUUCUGAGUAUCUUCAGUGCGCUUGUGGUUGUUCUCCCUCUGGGACCUCGCGAGAAUUUCUUCCGAACGUUCCAAAACGCUUUUACUUUUGAAGAUGCAGCCAAAAGUCUUGCUUAUAUCACCAUCUCGCAAUCAACCUCCGGACCAAAACCAGGAGACCCGAAGCAAAGGGUGAACAUAACUUUUGAGAUGGAGAGGCAUAUGGCCAAAACGAUGUGCCAAGUAUUCAUGGACGCUCGAUUGAUCGAGAACGCCGCGGAUCAGUCGUCUCUCGUCUUCAACGAUACUGGUUUUUACCGCCUCACACCAAAAGGCUUGCACGUUGUUGAACGGUUCAUCAGUGACAACGGGAUCAACAACGCGGACCGACUACUGCCCGUCUUCCGCUCACAACCCAUCUGCAUAAACCUCGUGCCCUUCGAGCGUACACAGAACGAGGACGAGAUACACAUAACGGACCCCAUGCUCACAGCGUUGUUCCGCCGUUUUGCUGGCGACCGUCCAAAUUAUUGCGCUUUGGACCACCACCCCAAACAAAACAGUGAUUCAGACAAGUUCCAAACACAUAACGAGCGAUCCCGCGGUAUUGUCCUAUCGGAUGUACCAGAACGGGCUGGUUCAGGGACUAUCUCCAUCCCCAUCCUGAGUAACAUCAGUGGCGCCAAGGAGCAUCAUCAACAGGUUCACAAGCACUGUUUUAGCGCGAGUAGUGCAAUGGACUGGUUGCGUGAUUUCACUUGCGUCGUUACCAGAGAUGAAGCUGGUCUGUUGGCGGCUCACUUUGUACGCCUCCAACUCAUCACGUUGAAUCGGGGAGAGUUCUUGGACACCUCAAAGGCUAUCUACAGGAUAACGGACGAGGGUCGAAUAGCAGCCCAAUGGGACUUGUUGUCCGGCAAAAGUAUGAACAUCUAUGCCGCACAAGAUUCAACGGUCAGUCUCACACACAACCAUGAGGAAUAA